AUGCUGAAGCAAUCAGAAGCGGAAUUGGACCAGAAGUAAGACCGAAUGCUUAUUCGCACGAGCCGCAGCGUUACGAGGAGAUGCAAGGUUACGGCGAGUCCUUCGGACCGGAUAAUUACAGAAAGGGCGCACCGCCGCCGAUCGCGGAGUAUCGAGAACAACGAAACACCACCUUUCAACAACCCGGAUCCGUGUUGAUGGUUUACGGGUUGGACCCGUUACGUACAAACGCCGAUAAGCUCUUCAACCUCAUGUGUCUCUACGGAAAUGUAGCACGGAUAAAGUUUCUAAAGUCGAAGGAAGGAACGGCCAUGGUGCAACUGGGCGAUGGUGUCGCCGUCGAAAGAUGCGUUCAAAAUUUGAACAACGUCAUUGUGGGCUUAACAGGCGCCGCCCCCAUUCUAAAGGAGGAGGAGAACCGAAACAACAACUGCGCAGAGCACAAACUCCAAUUGGCGUUUAGCAAGCAACCCUUCCUCAGCGAGGUCACCAACCCUUACCCCCUACCCGACAAAUCCCCCUCCUACAAAGAGUACAUAACCAACAAAAACAACCGGUUUAUGAACCCCACGAUGGCGAGUAAAAAUCGCAUCCAGCCGCCGAGCAAGAUUUUGCACUUUUUUAACACUCCCCCGCAAGUGACGGAAAACGAAUUAAUACAAGUGUUCAAAGACUACGAUGUGAUCCCUCCUAAAGCUGUUAAAUUAUUCCCAAUGAAAUCCGAGCGUUCUAGUUCCGGAUUAUUAGAGUUCGAUAACACCAGCGAGGCGGUGGCGGCCGUUAUGGCUUGCAAUCAUGCCGCCAUUGACAGUCCAGGUACCAAGUUUCCCUUCAUAAUGAAGCUCUGUUUCUCCUCAUCGCGCACCAUGUCAAUACGUAACGGCGACAGUAAUUCGUCGACUAACGGAUCGGGCGAACGGCGUAUGGAUCAAGACCAGGAAUAAGAACGUUUUUAAGUUUCUCCCACCCUUCAGAGACCAAUACAUAUCCUAAAACUAAAAUUGGUACGCGACAAAUAUUCGUAUGUGCGUUGGUUUAUUCGUAAUUCAUCGCACGUACGUUUACUGUUGAAGUACUUAAUAAAUAUAUAUGCUUUAUGUAGUUCGUAAUUAAAAUCCCUCUACGUAUGUUAGGUAUGGUAAAUUUAGUUUAAUUAAAAUAAUUUGAUGCAACAGAUUUAAUUUGAUGGAAUUUUACAAUAUAUUUAAAAGUAACAAAAGGUGAUAUGAGUACGUAAGAAGCUAUUGAUAAUGUUUUUAUAAACUUUUGACUCUGCGCAUGCGCGAGUGCCGACGGUGGAGGGGAAGGUGCAUAUCAGAUAUGUGGCCGGCACUCGAUGCCUCGACUGCAGUAAAAAUUCGUGUUAAACACAUUCAUUUGCAACGACGUAAUGUAGCUCUUAAGUAGAAUUUAAUAUAGUUUUAUAGAAGAUCUUUGUGUUCCUUUCAACCCUACUCGCUGAUGAGGUUCAUUUUAAUAUUGCACAUCAUCCCACGCUGGCCAAGAGAUUUUUUCAUUUGUACAAAACUUGCUUAUCGAAUCAAUUGCUAUACAUAUUCAACGUUAAAAAGUACAUAUUUGUAACACAUAUCAUAGAUUUAAACAAAAAUAUGAGACAAAAUUUACAAAGUAUCGUAUUUUUGAGCUUACUUUAUUAAAUAUUUUUCUACUUAUCAAACGAUUGCUUCACUUUUAUCCGUUGAUUACUAAGAUCUCAAUUUUACAUUACGAAACGUAUCAAAAUACCUAACCGAGUUUUGUUCGACGUCUUCCCAAUUUCGUCAUCUAACCGCGGAAACGCACGUUAGGUACGCGCGCUUUGCAUAAACUCGAUGUCAAUAAUAAUUAGUAGUGUCUGUCUGUGUGUGUACGCCAUAAUCACAUGUGCAAUAAUGGUUGUAUCGUAGAUCGUUCGUUCGGAACGAGCGUUUUGUUAUUAGGGUACUGGGCACAAAGCUUACCGUUGUGAGCGUUGUGGGCAGUUCGCGCAUUAAACUUAAUUUGCGAAUUUAUAGUUUGUUAAUUUUUUUUUGUUUCGGUUUCUAAUUCUAGUGCGGAGGCUGCUAACUUAAAAUACUCGAUUUAAGCCACCUAAUUCAUUUGUAAAAGACACUUAGUUUAGAUGAUACUAAUAGUAUUACAAUAUUGUUCGUACUAUUUAUAGAUUUUAAUUUAUAAUUGUGCAGUUGUUUGAAAUCUGGACGGUAAAUUGCUUUUUUUUUUGUGGCGUUCAGCGACUGGCAAAACCUAAAGUAAUUAAGUAUUAUUUCGUGUCAAAAACGAGGACCAAAAUGAGUGAAAGAUUUUAAAUUUCUGCACGACCUUUUUUUUUAGGUGUAAAUCACUGUCUUUAGCUAAAAGUAACACAGUUUAAUAUUAACAGUGAUUAGAUUUGACGUUUGACGUGGUAAAUUUUUGUUGGGUUUUAGAGCCGUCAGAUGUCACUAGUUCCUGCUGUGUAUUUAUGUUACGUAGUGUUUUUGGGCUGGUUCAGCAUUACAAUACACGUUGUCGUAAUAAACAUUAGUUUGAGUCAAU